AUGGCGAGAGAAGCGACCGCUGCGUACGGGACGGCGGCGAGCGAUGAGGUGGCGAGCGAGGGGGAGUUCACGACGUUUUACGGCGCGGCGAAUCCGCCGGCGACGUACGGAUCGAUAGGUGGCACGACCAAAGCUCUGGCGAAGUACUCGUACGAAGUCCCGGACGGAUGGGUCGAAGAGGCGACGAGUAAGGUGGAGAAGGGGAGCGGGGGACAGGACUCGCGUUUCGUGAAGUCCGGGACGAAGGGAGCGGUGAAGGCGUAUUGCUUGACGCUCAAUCCGGCGGGACAAGACGGGGCGUCGUUCGCGCUCACUGAGGCCGCUUUGCAGGCAGUCGCGGGCGCGUUGAGUGAUAUGCAAGAUUCUAUCACGGCCGGACAGAUCUCGACCAAGAGAGCGAAGGAAGACGGACGCGAGUACGCCUUGUUUGAGGUUGACGCCGAUCGAAAGUACGUGGUGAAGAUCAGCAUUGACAACACAGGUAGAUUGUUCGCUUUCGUCAUCACCGCGCCGGCAUCGCAGUUUAACCGCGAUAAGAAGAACAUUGAGCGCAUGGCGAACUCGUUCAGGGUGUACAGCAGCGUUUCACAGUUCGUGUAA